AUGAGAGAUGCCGCAUUCAACAGAGACCACCAUCAGCAGAACCGGAGGCCUGAGGACCAGGCGCAGAGAGGAGAUGGGGGUGAUGGGGCCCAGAGAGGAAGAGGAGGGAGGGAUGGGGUCAGAGGUCGAGGCGCAGGGGCGGGCAGGGGCACCGGGAGGGACGGCACACCUCGAAAAAUCGGCUUCAAAUAUUUGGAGGGACUUAUGGAGAAGGAGGCCUCCGAGGUGGCCAUUACACUGUCCACCAACGCAGCUCUACAGGUUCUGCUCGAGGAGAAGACGAUGAGUCAUGAUCUGGUUCAGCUGCUGUGCGAGAUUCUCUGCAAAGCCUUCCAGUCCAAACAUGACCGCAAGACUGUCCAGCACUUGGCCGGAGUGGUAAAAGAUUCCGGGUUUUUGCUCUCGAUACUGCCGCAUUAUGUGACUGGAAUGAUGUCGGAACACCUCCCGGCUCGCCGAGAGAGGUACCCGCAGAAUUUGGACACCAUCAUCAGUCUGCUCAACAGCGUGGUCAGCAUCUACCCCUCCAGUUCAGUCCGUGCGGUGUCCACCCUGGUGUUUCUCCUGAAGCCGGCCAUCAACCAGCUGCGAGCCACGGGCCUGGACAUCCUGGAGGAGACCGAGGAGAGCCUGGAGAAGGUCCAGGAGCUGGUGAGUCACCUGCAGGAGAAGGCCCGCGAAGGCACUCUGCGAUCGGACAACUACUCCUUCCUGGGGGCUGAGGAGGACGCGCCUCCGGGCGAGGAGGACUUCCGCACCAUGAGCAUCUACCCGACGCCCGAGGAGUUCCACCAGGACGAGAAGCCCUUCCUGAGGCCCAACAUGACGUCGCAACGCUACCCCAGCACUCACGUCUACCUGGACACGCACUUCCGUCUGCUGAGGGAGGACUUUGUGCGGCCCCUGCGCGAGGGCAUCCAGCAGCUGCUCAAGUCCCAGGCCGACCCGUCCCUGGAAGGCACGCCCAUGGCAAAGAGGCGGUUUGAUGACAUCCGGAUCUACUUUGACACCCGGCUAGUCGUCCCACUGUGCACCCCCACGGGCGUUGCCUACAAAGUGCAGUUUGACCCGCGACCUCUUAAGUUUGUCCGCUGGCAGAAUUCCAAGCGGCUGAUCUACGGCUCUCUCGUCUGCCUGUCUAUGGACAACUUUGAGACCUUCCUGUUCGCCACGGUGACGGACCGGAAGGUGGAGGCCCUCCAGCAGGGGCAGGUCCUUCUCAGCUUCUGUCGGCACAGCCGGCCAGCGCUGGCCCGAGUGCGGCCCUCCGACUCCUUCCUGAUGGUGGAGACCGAGGCAUACUUUGAGGCCUAUCGUUAUGUUUUAGAGGGCCUUCAAGAGCAACAGGUGGAAGACCUUCCCUUCCAGAGGUAUAUUGUAGAAUGCAACCCAGAUAUACAUCCCCCUGCCUAUCUUCUGGCGGAACCAAGGCAGUACGAUCUGUCCAACAUUCUAGCUGAGGGCUUUAAGGGCAGUGUGCGGCCCUUCAACCCCCUGAAGGCUGACGCCUGGCCCAGUGAGGAGCAGUUGGGGCUGGAUGAAAGCCAGAUCAGGGCCCUCAAGCUGGCCCUCACCAAGGAGCUGGCCAUCAUCCAGGGACCCCCAGGCACAGGAAAGACUCAUGUCGGACUGAAAAUUGCCCACGCCCUUCUGGAUAAUCAUUUAGCCUGGGGCUACGGGUCUCCCAUGCUGGUAGUGUGCUACACCAAUCAUGCACUGGACCAGUUCCUGGAAGGAAUUCACAAGUUUCUGGAAAAGGGCAUCGUGCGGGUCGGAGGGCGAAGCAACAGUGAGGUGCUGAAGCCCUUCGCCCUCAGGGAGCUGACUCGCUCAUCUCGCCGUGAACUUCCGCACCAUCUCCGUCGUGCCAAAUUUGAGAUCCAUAAGGAGCUGGAGGAAGCCGAGCAGCUGAUUAAAAGGCAGGCCGCCCAGCUGGAGUGCAGUCUGCGUGGAGUCAUCCAAGAGCAGUUCCUGGAAAGGUACAUCUCCGACGUGCACUGGGACAGCCUGUGUGUGCAGCCGUUUGCAGAUGGCUUCCAGAGCAUCGGCAAGAAGCCCUCCAUGAUCCUGGAGUGGCUGGGCUUCGGAACCGCCCAUUUCCAGUACCGGCCCAACGGGAACCACGACGAGGAGGAGGAGGACGACGACGGCGCGGAGCCGACGGAGGUGGACCUGAUCGAGGUGGACGAGGUGGCCGACCUGAUGCAGGCCGAGCGCAUCCUGGACGACGCCAUCCACGGCGACCGGGACCGCGAGCAGGAGCGCCAGCGCCAGCGGAGGAUGGACGAGGAGAACCUGGAGGAGCUGGCGCAGCUGAUGCUGGCCAUGAACGUGGGCAGGACCCAGGCAGAGGAGGAGCAGCAGCAGCAGCCUCCAGGCCAGAGCCAAGCCGGGGAAGAGUGGGAGAUGCAAAAGCAGCAGAAGAGGAAGUUGAAGCAGAGGAUGCGCGGAGAGCUGAAGAAGAGCUCGGCCAUGACCGACGCCGAGGAGGCGAGAGUGACCAACAUCUGGACCCUUCCGCCAAAAGAGAAGUGGAAGCUGUACCGCCUGUGGAUCCACCGGUUCCAGACGGAGCAGCGCGCUCGGGUCCUGCAGAGCGAGCAGGUGUACCAGGACGCGGCCGAGCGGCUGUCCGAGAUACGCAUGCGCGAGGACAUGUGCGUGCUGCGCAACGCCAAGGUCAUCGGCAUGACCACCACCGGGGCGGCCAGGUACAGGCAGGUCCUGCAGGAAGUGCGCCCCCGCCUGGUGAUCGUGGAGGAGGCGGCCGAGGUGCUGGAGGCCCACACCAUCACCACGCUCAGCAGGGCCUGCCAGCACCUCAUCCUCAUCGGGGACCACCAGCAGCUUAGACCCAGUGCCACGGUUUUUGAACUGGCCAGAAACUUCAACCUGGAGGUGUCCAUGUUCGAGCGCCUCGUGACCGUAGAUUUCCCCUACGUCCGCCUCAACUACCAGCACCGGAUGUGUCCCGAGAUCGCCCGGCUCCUCACGCCGCACAUCUACGCGGAGCUGGAAAACCACCCCUCCGUGCUGGAUUAUGAGAAUGUUAAGGGGGUGCUUACCAACCUGUUCUUCGUGGAGCACGAGCAGAGAGAGGAGCAGAUCAAGGACGGGCGAAGCCACCAGAACAUGCACGAGGCCGCCUUCGUGGUGGCGCUGUGCCGCUACCUGCUCCACCAGGGCUACGAGCCGUCGCAGAUCACCAUCCUCACCACCUACACGGGCCAGCUCUACUGCCUGCGCAAGCUGAUGCCCGCCCAGGAGUACGCCGGGGUCAAAGUGCACGUGGUGGACAAGUACCAGGGCGAGGAGAACGACAUCGUCAUCCUGUCGCUGGUGCGCAGCAACCGGGAGGGGCGCGUGGGCUUCCUGAGCAUCCCCAACCGCGUGUGCGUGGCGCUGUCGCGCGCCAAGCGCGGGCUCUACUGCCUGGGCGACAUGGGCAUGCUGAGCCGGGUGAAGCUGUGGAGCGCCAUCCUGCACACGCUGCGCGAGCACGGGCAGGUGGGCAAGGCGCUGACGCUCAGCUGCCAGAACCACCCGGAGCGCCGGACCCUGGUGGCCGGGGCGGGCGACUUCGCCGGCGUGCCCGAGGGCGGCUGCAGCCUGCCGUGCGAGUUCCGGCUGGCGUGCGGCCACGUGUGCACGCGCGCCUGCCACCCGUACGACGCCGAGCACAAGAAGUUCCGCUGCGUCAAGGACUGCGCCCGCGUCCUGUGCCCGCUCGGCCACCGCUGCCCGCGCCUCUGCUACCAGACGUGCCGCGAGUGCGUGGUGCCCGUCCCCAAGGUCAUCCCGCGCUGCCAGCACGAGCAGAUGGUGCCCUGCCACCAGGACGCCGGCGACUUCGUCUGCCAGGUGCCCUGCGAGAAACGCCUCAGGUGCGGGCACGUGUGCGAGGCCAAGUGCGGGGAGUCGUGCACGGAGCGCUGCACGGCGAAGGUCACCAUGACGCUCAAGUGCGGCCACGCCCAGAAGGUGCACUGUUAUCAGGAGCGGGAGCCGGACGAGCCGUCCUGCCAGACCAAGUGCGGCGCCACUCUCAAAUGCGGGCACCCGUGCCCGGGCACCUGCCACGGGUGCAAGCGCGGGCGCCUCCACCGCCCGUGCAACAAGAAGUGCCAGCACGUGCUGGUGUGCUCGCACCAGUGCCACGAGCCGUGCACGCGCGACUGCCCGCCCUGUGGCCGGCCGUGCCAGAACCGCUGCGUCCACAGCGUGUGCCGCCGGACGUGCGGGCAGCCGUGCGCCCCCUGCGCCGAGCCCUGCGCCUGGAGCUGCCCGCACCACCGCUGCGGCAAGCUCUGCCACGAGCCGUGCGACCGGCCGCCCUGCAACGAGCCCUGCGACAAGCGCCUGCCCGGCUGCGGGCACCCGUGCAUCGGCCUCUGCGGCGACCCGUGCCCCACCAAGUGCCGCGUGUGCCACCCCGACGAGGUGUCCGAGAUCUUCUUCGGCACGGAGGACGAGCCCGACGCCCGCUUCGUCCAGCUGGAGCACUGCCGCCACCUGUUCGAGGUGACCUCCAUGGACACCUACAUGGCCCAGGACGAGGACCAGAAGGCCGGCCUGGACCAGCUGGUCAUCAAGCUGAAGGAGUGCCCCAAGUGCCGCGCGCCCAUUCGCCGGAACCUGCGCUACGGGGCACACACCAACCGCAGCCUGGCGCAGAUCGAGCAGGUCAAGGAGAAGAUCAACGGCAAUCCGGACGACAUCAAGCGGAAGCAGGACGCCCUCAAAGUCCUCCUGGGGGAGCAGCGGAACCUGAAGGAGUUCCUCCCGGAAGAGUACGGGCCGAUCCGGAGGAAGCUGGAGGAUUCCGUCCUCUCCCUGCGGGAGCUGUGCCACCAGGAGAACCGCGUCAUGUUCCUGGAGCGUCUGGGCAAGCUGCUGAAGGCCCAGAAGGAGCGCAUGUCCGGCGUGCCGGCCGAGGUCUUCUCCCUGCGCCUGGGCCAGUGCCUGCGCUUCCUGGAGGACCGCGGCCAGCGCUUCUCCGAGCAGCAGGUCUGGGACCUGGAGCGCGAGCUGCAGAGGCUCUCCUUCCUGGCCGAGCUCAACAGCCGCUGCGGGAUGACCGGCUCGAUGCCGCUGACCGUCCGGGUGAAGGAGGAAGUGGACGCCGUCAGGCAGGUGCUGGAGGACACGGGCCCGUUCACGGAGGCGGACGAGGAUCGGGUCAAGCGGGCGCUGGCCGACCUGGACGGCAAGCUGCCCCGUGGCGGGCUGGGCAUCGACGACCAGGAGAGGGUGAUGAUCGUCAGAGCUAUGGCUCUGCCCCGAGGCCACUGGUACAAGUGUCCCAACGGUCACGUCUACGCCAUCGGAGACUGCGGGGGAGCCACGGUGAGUCGGAGGUGCCCAGAUUGCAAUGCCCUGAUCGGGGGUGCCAACCAUAACCUUAACACUGGUAACGAGGUGGCAUCUGAGAUGGAUGGCGCCCAGCAUGCCGCGUGGUCUGACGCUGCCAACUUGGCAAACUUCCACCUUGAUGAGCUGUGAGUGAUUUUGUCAUAUGAAUGUGAAAUAUCAUUGAUUCAUGUGUGUUUUUAAAAUUUGGCACUUACUAUGCAUUGAAUAUCCGGCAGUUUAAUUUGAUUGUUUUCAAUUUCAACAUUUUUCGAUAUGGAUAGUGUGAUCUCAGUAUGAAUCGUGACAUGCAUUAGCAAUUAUUAUGCAAGGGGUAUGAAUAUAGGAUGAUUUUUACUUGCUUUUGUUAACUGUAAAAUGAAUGCACAAUGACUUUACCUUUAAAAUAACGAUUUUAAAUAUAUUUUACUGCUUGCUGGAAAACUACCUGAAAAUGAUGAAGAUGUAUUAUGGAUGAAUUUUAAAUAUCAGUCGCACUGCACUCCUGUCUACGUACACUGGAACUCCGAAUGAACCACACAAUGUAGAUUUUUCAUGACUUGAUGAAUAAAAAAAAAUGUAUUGAAUUUUAAA